UCUAUUUAAUGAAAUAAAAAAUAAAAAAUAUAACAAAUGGAUCCGGGUCCAACCCAUAAAGUUGAAACAAAAGUCGGAGCCAAACGCAGACACAGAGAUAGACACAGAGCAAUGGCAUCGAAAGCUUCAACACCGCCAUAUCCGAGCGCUGCGAAAAUCUCUGAUUCUCUAUGUUAUUCUCAAUAUUCUGCUUCUCUCAAAUGUUUAGAAGAAUAUGGCUCAGACAAGAGUAAAUGUCAAGAACAUUUUGAUAUUUACAAGGAAUGCAAGAAAAAGGAGAGGGAAGCUCGAUUAGAACGCAAUAGGAAUAGAUCAUUCUUCUAGUGAAAGUCCUUUUGGAUUUGCUACUCAAAAUUAUAAUCAGCAGAAGCUAUGUUUGAGCUCCCUACAAGUGUCAAUCCCUCUUCUGUUGCAGCAUUCAAUCUUCAACAAAUUCUAACACCAAGUUAUAGAGCUGGCUUCAUAUCAUAUCUAGAAAAGUUGAAUAAAUUACUGUAUUUGCAAUCCUAUUCUUUCCAUGAGGCUUAAAGUAAAAUCCUGGUUUUCAUUUCAAAAUGUGGAUCCUGGUCACAGUUUGAAGGUGGACUAUAUUAUUAUAGACCAUCAGAACUAAACUCUCGUAUCUGUAAUGCAUUAUUUGCGUAAUCUUUGUUGUGCUUUUUAUUUGAAAAUGUGAAGGAGAUUGCAUUUGAAGGUGUGGAA